CACGUGGCCUGUAUAUCGUCCAGCGCUGGCAGAUCACGGUUGUCAUGGCAGCGAGCACUCUAGGAUCAUGGCGGCGGCGCUGUAGAUAGAGCGGGCCGUCGGACUUGUGAGAGGAUGCUGCAGCCGGGGAAUUACAGCCUGGUCCUCACUCUACAGUUCCUGCUUCUGAUAUAUGAUUUGUUUGUGAAUUCAUUUUCGGAGCUCCUGCGAUCAGCGCCGGUGAUCCAGCUGGUGCUUUUCAUAUUGCAGGAUGUCGGCACGUUAUUUGCAGUCAUUGUCCUGUUUCUUAUGCUGUUUAAUACAUUUGUGUUCCAAGCCGGGCUGCUGGGCCUUCUCUGCCAGCGCUUCCAAGUCACCGUUAUAUUCUGCGCUCUGCAUUUAACCCUGAGUGUGUCGCUACACGUAUGGCUGAUGAAUCUGCGGUGGAAAGCUGUAAAUAUCUUUGUGUGGUCGGAUGGAUUGCAGGCGCUGUUUGUUCUGCAGAGAGUCGUGGCUGUGCUGUAUUUUUACUUCUACAAAAGGACCGCUUUAAGUCUGGGAGAUUCCCGCUACUACCAUGACUCUUUGUGGUUGCGCAACGAGUUUGCCCGAGUACGAGGUUAACUGAAUCAAUGGUCAUUUGGGACCAAGCACAAAAUGUUUUUGGAACCCCUGAAGAACAGAACAAUUGAUCCUAAUGUUGUGAGAGGAUUGUCUGACAACUAUGUUUAAUACGUUCUUGCCUUACAGCGACGUCUUUCAGCCCGGAGAACACCGUUUUUGUAAAUUAUUCGUCCAGUAUUUUCAGAGCUAUUCAUUUUUCAAUAAGUGAGAUGUGUGCCCAGAUGUAAUGAAACCUCCUCUAGUUUUUGAUGUUUCAUAGUUUAUUUUAAUU